CCCUCAGGCUGCCAGCUCUCUCUCGGGCAUGAAUAGGGUAGCGCAGCACUGACCUCAGAGCACAAUCUUUGUGUAGUUCUGACAUUUUAUGCAUUGAUUUGAAUAAGAGACUGGGAUAUGAAUAGGAGAGAGCCUGAAUAGAAAGAUGAGUAAUAAAAGGUAGCAAUCACAGAAUAAUUAUCAAAAGGUGACAAAUAAUUAAAAAAAACUAUAUAAAAAAAAAUAAUGACGACCAAAUCUAAUGUGUUUAGAAUUGGCAAUUCUAUAAUUUACAAAAAGUCAACCCAAAUGUGAAUCGCCCGUUUAACAAAACAAAAUAGACUUUAGUAAAAGUGCAUCAACGAUUGCUGGACCUGUACAAUCCCAUUCUAAUAUUCAGUUCCUUCCUCCUUCGCUCUGUUAUGGUUUAGCAGUUGCUGAAAUGCACACAGUACAGCUGAUGUAUUGUAUCUGCCUCCAUCGUAAACCAGAGAAAUCUUCUGCCCUAGAAUGUAAUUGCUAUGCUCAUUGUGCUACACCGGUAUACCCAAAACAUGUUGCUUCGUGGUGAUCGUCUAUUGGCUGUGCAGUUUGCCAACUUCAUACUUCUAUUGGGUGUUUUUACAAGUGGGCGUUGCACGCAGGGAUACGUUUAUGGCGUCCUCUUUGACAGGUAGUUUCUAUGACAAUGACCAGGAGAUAGCGUGAGCUGUUGUGGUAGCUGAGGGUUGUAAAAAUGAACUUGCGUAGGGGGUUAUAAAGCUGAACGGAGGGUAUGUUUCCUUCUAAUGAAAUGCUAUUGCAAUUUGUGCUUUCUCUUGCAGUCGCGCUCCUGUUUAGAUAGUGGUUGUCAGGGUAUAGCAGGUCACACGGGACAUGUGUCCCAGUGGGAAGAAGGAGGCGGGGCCGUCUUUCCUGCCUUCUGCAUUUAUUUACAAAAACUAGCGGUGAGCUGUAGCUCAGGUGUAUAGAUAGCAGUCCUGGGACAAGCAUGAUCAAAAGCAUUAAGAGCAUCGGACUUUUUGUCACCCCGUUACUGCUGCUAACACUUGUGCUCACCUCUUCAGGCAUCAAUGAAUACCAGCUUACAGGUGUCUUGGAUGACUGCUUCUGUGACGUAGAAAGCAUUGAUGUCUUUAAUAACUAUAAGAUAUUUCCAAAGCUGCAAAAGCUGCAAGAACGUGACUACUUUAGAUACUAUAAAGUGAAUUUAAAGAGGCCAUGUCCAUUUUGGCCAGAUGAUGGUCAUUGCUCCAUCAAAGAUUGCCAUGUGGAGCCCUGUCCAGAGAGUAAAGUUCCACUUGGAAUUAAAUCAGGGAAUUAUAACAAGUAUUCACAGGAAGCAAACCAUGAGGAUGACUUAGAAGAUUGUGAACAAUCCAAUAAGCUUGGAGCUGUGAAUAGUACACUAAGUAACCAAAGUAAAGAAGCAUUCAUUGACUGGGCAAGAUACGAUGACGCACAGGAUCAUUUCUGUGAACUUGAUGAUGAAACAUCUCCUGAAGUACAGUAUGUGGAUCUUUUGCUUAACCCAGAAAGAUAUACAGGAUAUAAAGGACCUUCAGCGUGGAGAGUGUGGAAUAGUAUUUAUGAAGAAAAUUGCUUUAAACCUCGAUCUGUAUAUCGCCCAUUAAAUCCACUGGCACCAACUAUAAGUGGUGAUAAUGGAGAAUCUUUCUAUGAAUGGCUUGAAGGCUUGUGUUUAGAGAAGAGGGUGUUCUACCGUCUUAUAUCAGGUCUACAUGCCAGCAUCAAUUUACAUCUCUCAGCUAAAUAUAUUCUUGAAGAUACCUGGGGUAAUCCACGAUGGGGACCCAAUACAAAAGAAUUCAAUCUACGUUUUCACCCCGCUUAUACAAAAGGCGAAGGUCCACGGAGACUGAAAAAUCUUUAUUUUCUGUACUUGAUUGAACUUCGUGCAUUAUCUAAGGUUGCUUCUUACUUUGAGCGUUCAAUUGUUGAUCUUUACACUGGAAAUAUGGAAGAAGAUGCAGCGACUAAAAAUCUGUUGUUGGACAUACUCACUGAUACAAAAUCUUUUCCAAUGCACUUUGAUGAAAAGUCCAUGUUUGCAGGAAACAAAAAAGAAGCAAGAUCACUAAAGGAAGAAUUUCGUUUGCAUUUUAAAAACAUAUCUCGCAUAAUGGAUUGCGUUGGUUGUGACAAAUGUAGAUUAUGGGGGAAACUUCAGACGCAAGGAUUGGGAACUGCACUUAAAAUUUUGUUCUCUGAAAAAGAAAUUCAAAGUCUUCCAGAAAAUAGCCCAUCAAAAGGAUUCCAGCUUACACGUCAGGAAAUCGUUGCAUUAAUCAAUGCAUUUGGAAGGUUAUCAACAAGUAUAAAAGAACUGCAGAAUUUCAAGUAUCUUUUACAUGACAAUAGGUAAUGGUUGAUGUGCUGGGUCUGUUUCUGCUUCCUUAUUUUGCUUUGUUAUACACAUCUCUUUGGACUGAAAAGGAAAAAAAUUAAGAUGCAUAUAUAUACAAUUUACCACCCAUGAAUAGUGAUGGGCGAAUUUGUUCUGUUUCGCCGAGAAAUGUGUGAAACUGCAAAAAACUUGCAAAAUGCAUUAGACAAUGGGCGUCAAUUUUUUUUAAACUCAAUGGGCGUUUUCUCUUAUGCACAUUUUUUCUCAGUGAAUUUUUCCAUGGCAAAUUUUUGCCGCAGUUUUGUGGAAAGAUUUUCAUAUGCCGAAAUGCGGAAUUUCACGAGAAUCCAUGGCUGGCGAAAAAAAUUUGCUCAUCACUACCCAUGAACUUUUAAGACUAUUUAUUACUUUUUGUUUCUUUAACAAAGCCAUUAAAGUUAUACAAAUAUUGUGCAUUUUU